AUGGAUUCGCAAGGAUUCGUCGCUUUGAAUGUCAUUGCCAGCUUCAAGCGUAUCAAGUCGCUUACCGAAGACUUUGAGAUGCUCCGUCACGUCGCGCGCCAGUCAAGGGCCGCUGAGUACUUUGUGGGUGAGGACGGUAUUGACAGGCUACGACCAAGGGAUACAUGGGAGCAGUGGGUUCUUCCUGUUGACCAGCGUGAACCCUCUACCCAGCAAGUCGGCCCCGAAGUUGCAACCCAGAUUCUUGAUGGCGCAACCAAUGGUUUCGUUCCCAAGUCAUUCACGAAUGGUGCUCUCCCAGCGAAGACCGCACUUUCUACCGCCGCCCCAGAGUUCUCGCCUUCCAACGGCGUGCACACUGGAAGCGAAGUAUCUAACUAG